AUACUGACAGCUGCAGCUCUAUACUGGGCUCAUAAGUCCUAAAGCUGAAGGCAUGAUUAAGGAAAUCUGACUUUUUAUUACUUUUCACUGUUUUCUCUCCUCGCUGUGACAGAGAAGGGAGAAGAACAACUGGUGAAGGAUGCGACUCCCAAGGGCGGCAGAGGAGGAGAAGGAGCGUCCGCCUCCACCUCCCUCCCACCACUCCAACCACCAGUUCACCAGCAUGAAGAACAAGUUCUUCAAUGAGCUCACACAUCUGCCAAAUCAUAAGCUCAAGAUGCCCAUGUGGGCUGUGGGUGCCAUCGUGGUCGUGGUCCUCGCACUUGUCGGCUGUCUGGGAUUCUGCAUCUACAAGAAGUGCGUCAACAAAGGCAAAAAGCCCAAGAAGACCAGAGAGAGGAAAGGAGGCCGAGGACGCAGGAAGAAGGACAAGGAGGGAGAAGAAGGAGAGGAGAAAAAGGAAGGAGAGGAAGGGAAAGAGGAGGAGGAGAAGGAGUCUUUAGGAAAACUGGAGUACUCUCUGGAUUAUAACUUCACUGAUAACCAGCUCAUAGUGGGCAUCCUUCAGGCUCAAGACCUUCCAGCCAUGGACAUGGGGGGCACUUCAGACCCCUACGUCAAGGUGUACAUGUUGCCAGACAAGAAAAAAAAGUUUGAGACAAAAGUUCAACGCAAGAACCUGUGCCCCGUUUUCAAUGAGACGUUUACCUUCAAGAUACCCUACAGUGAGUUGGGGGGUCAGACUCUGGUGCUGCAGGUUUUUGACUUUGAUCGUUUUGGCAAACAUGACGUCAUUGGUGAAAUCAAGAUCCCAAUGAACAGUAUUGACCUCGGACAACCAAUACAUGAAUGGAAGGAUCUGGUUGGAGGAGAAAAAGAAGAGCAAGAGAAAUUGGGUGAUAUCUGCAUUUCCCUGCGUUAUGUCCCCACGGCUGGCAAGCUAACGGUCAACAUAAUGGAAGCCAAGAAUCUGAAAAAGAUGGACGUAGGAGGACUGUCAGAUCCUUUUGUGAAGGUGGUGCUGCAGCACAACGGCAAGAGACUCAAGAAAAAGAAGACAUCCGUCAAACAAAACACCCUGAAUCCUUAUUUCAACGAGAGCUUCAGCUUUGAAAUUCCCUUCUCCCAGAUCCAGAAAGUGCAGGUUCUCAUCACAGUCUACGACUACGACAAGCUGGGCAGCAACGAUCCCAUUGGCAAGUGCUGGAUCGGUUAUGGCGCCUCCGGUGUCGGGCUGCGCCAUUGGUCUGACAUGUUGGCCAACCCCAGGCGUCCGGUGGCCCAGUGGCACACGCUCCUGCCCGAAGAGGAGGUGGAUGCUGCUCUGAAGGCCCCCAUCCGCUGAGCACAACAGCCAGGCUGCCGUCAAAACACACAAGCGCAGGUCUUCUAACAGAAGACAGAACUUGGAUAGAAACUUUAAGAAACUGUCAGAACUUUCCUUUGUCAUCCAGCUGUGUCUGUCUGAAUAAAUAAAAUGAAAUAACACUAGCUUAAAUGUGCCGCCACAGAUUUCUGUUGACUUGUUCAUUUAAAAAACUCACUUUAGCACCAGAGAUUGCACCAAGCGAAUAAUUUUCUCCACCUUAAAUUAUUCAGAUGUUUCUUACAUAUUUAAAGAAAUACAAAUUCAAUUCACGGAAUUGACUGUAUAUUUCAAAAAUCCCACUUUGUCUUGAUUUUUUUGAACACUUGUUAUUUCUUAUUGAAACAUGUUAAUAAAGCAGACAAGGAAAAUACAUCUAAAUAUGAUCAGUUGUAACUUAUUCUAGCAUAGUCUUACUUUUCUUGUUGAGUAAAAUGUUUUUAUUUUUGUUCUUUAACAAACUCUUCAACCUAUAAAAGGAAAUGACAUGUUUUAAAAUGACUUUUAGAAAAAAAAGAAGGCCUAAAACAAGAUUUUUGCUACUUUUUACGACAUAUAAUGUUUGUGUUUACUUAUGUCAGAUAAUUUCGACUGGAUUAGUUUGGUCAUCACUUUUCUUGUGAUUUGAUGUGUUGGUUUAUUUCCACCAAUCGUGGAUUUGUUAUCAGUGUUUGCAUGUGGGAACACAGUGUCUGGGUGUGUAUUAUCAUUUAUAUUCUUCCUAAAAAUGGAAAUUGUUUUUUUGUUUGACUGAUUAUCCAAACUAGAGCAGUAAAUAAACAUGUGACAGAUGGUUUGGUGGAAGCAUGGAUUUAUUUUUUUGUGCAUAGAAAGUUGACAUUUUGUUCUUAGCAGAGGGAAUGAAAUACUUUUGAUAUAAACAUAACAGCAUGGAUGCAUUUACAUGAGCAGACAAUGAAUUGCCAAUGAAUCCUUGUCUCUAAAGCUCAACAGGAAAUAUUCUGUGAGGGAGGGUAGAUGUGGAAUUAUGGCAAAUGGAGAAUAUUCUGAAAAAGGAGAUAUUAAAAAGGAUAAAUAAAAAUCUGUUGUAAAUUAUAAAAGAUGUGAAGCUAAGUUUUGUAAAUAUAAUUCAUUUAAUCUCACAUUUUAUAAAAUUAUGAGUGUUUACAUCAAAUUGAACUGCAAAAUACUGUUAAUCUGCAUCUCCAAAGCUGUCCUGCUGACAUCCUGAACUCCAUCCCUCCUCCCCCAGGCUCCCAGAAGACUAGUUUGUAAUUAUUCUAAUUAAUUUAUUUUUAAUGUAAACUAAUAAUUACUGAGAAAAAGAAAGAAGUGGCUCCCAUUGUAAAAGUGGUCUGCAAAUAAAGUUUGGCUUGAUUUGA